AUGGAUGAGACGAAUUCAGUUUCAAAAGGUGUAUUUGUGUUUAAAAAUGGCCCAGUUCGAGCAAAAGGACGGCAAAAACCACAGCCGUGUUCCAGUUUUUUGGACAGGGGCAUUACUCGCCAACUAUGGUUUCGUAGUUAUAAAAAACAAUGGGAGCUGGUAGAGAGGAUGAUCUUAAAACAACAUGCCAGCAGCUAUGGACAAAUUCUAGGGGAUCUAUUGACUUUUAUUCAAAAAUGUCAUGAGCCAUUCGUGUAUGAAGGAGUUUUACCCACCGCAGCUUUACUAACCGGUAUCAACCAAAUCGAUCAUCUGUCUAGGUUUGGAAAGCUUGCUGAUAGUAUACGCAAUAACACCACCUCUAUUGCGGUUUUGUUACAUUCUCGAGAUGCAUCUAGUCUCAAACAUGCUAUCGAAGCUAUAGUAGAAAAUAUGUUACAAGACGAAUCUAAAGAUUGCACCGAAGAUAAUGUAAUCCGUAAAAACCAACUAAAUUUGGAUGUGCUACGAGCAUGGUAUAUGGAAAGGCACAAAAAACUGAAACGGAAACCAAAUCUUAUUGUUAUUUUGCCAGAUUUUGAACUGUUCAAUCCGACAGUACUGCAAGAUUUAAUUCUCGUUUUAGACUCAUAUGCCAAAUGGUUGCCGUUUGUGCUCAUAUUUGGUGUAGCUACUGCAGUAACAACGAUUCACAACGUUUUACCGUAUUAUGUUACAAGCAAAAUCAGCAUUAACAUUUUUCAAUCAGAACCAUCUCUUACAAAUUUGAACAACAUUUUUGACGAAGCAUUGUUUUCACCUCAUUGCCCGUUGCAUCUGUCGGGAAAAGUUUUUGAGCUACUAGUUAACAUUUUUCUUUUCUAUGAUUUUUCUAUUAAUGGGUUCAUUCAAGGUAUUAAAUACGCCUUUUUGGAACAUUAUUGUCGAAAAUCUAUUAAUGGUCUUUGUGCAUUUGUCAACGAUAAGAACGACAUCAUCGCUAUGGUGAAAGAGUUGUCCUCGUCGGAACUAGAACAAAUUCGUCAGCUUCCUUCGUUUCGUUCUUACGUGGAGUCGUUACAACAUCCGCAGGACGUUAUAGAUAUUCUAACUUGUGACGAUUAUAUGAAGCAAACUUUGCCCAAAAUGCUAAUUAAAGUACAUAAUUUUUGGUUUACUUUCCAUUGUGCCCUUGUGAUACUACAAUCACUCGUAGGCGAUCUUCCUAAGUCACCACUUGGGAAACAGCUUAGAGAAUUGUAUUCCGUUUGUAUUUCCUCCGAUGUAACUAAAUUACCUGAGUUUAGGGAUUGUAUACAAUUAAUAUCCUAUCUUUCAAAAGAGGACAUGUUGCAAAAGAUCAAAGAUGUGCUAGAGAAAGUGUUAAUGUUCGUAGAUCGAAAUGAUCAAUUGAGUAUUGAUGGAUGCAUAGUGUACGAAUUGACACCUUUAGAGGAAAUGGCAAAAGAUUUGAAUAUGCUAGCAGACGAAUUGUCCACGGCUAGCUACGAACAAAUCAUAAAUCCUGUUCAACAAGACAAACAAGAUUUGUUCUCCCCAAACAUGGGUAGACAAGAAUUACGUCAAAAGUUGCUAACGGCUGCCAAACAAGUGAAAAAUGAAACAGGAGUUACUAAAGCGAUUGGACGAAUAACUGAUUACUUUGUAAAACAUGUUUUCCAAAGAUAUCUCCGCCCAGCGAAUAAAAAUUGUGUAGCCCUUAUAGAAUUAUUCCUAUAUGACGAUAGUGCUUCGAUUAGACGACAUAUUAUUGGUGUUCCAAGGGCAGCCGUACAUACUGCUUUAAAUAAUCCUCAAUAUUACACGCAAUGUGAAUGUUGUAUUUUAGAUGAAUCAUGCAGCAUUGUUCCUAAAAUGCCUGAUCUUUCAAUUGCCUACAAGCUGCAUCGUGAGUGUGGUCGUAUGAUAAAUCUAUUUGACUGGCUUCAAGCAUUCCGAACUGUCAUCGAUGAUGUUAGAAUAGAUGGAGAAGAGCUGCAAGUGGACCCAAAAAUUCAGGCUAGAUUUACGCGAGCAGUGGCAGAGCUUCAAUUUUUAGGAUUCAUUAAAAUGUCAAAAACCAAAACAGAUCACGUCACAAGACUUACGUGGUAAAAUUAAAUAUUUGGUAUAUAGGAUGAAGAUUCAGUUUAAGUAUC